AGCGAAUCUAAGGAUGAUGUAAUGCACUCGAUUCAAGGUUACUCAGCCGUGACAGAUAUUUUUAUCUUUUAUUUUCUUGUCAAGAAUUAAAAGAAUAAUACAGCUGAUGUUCUGUUCUUAACAAGAUGACCAGGUUGUGGCUUGCUUCAGCGACUUUGCUUUGCUUCGCGGUCACGGUCCUGAAGUGUGAGGAGCUAAACAGUUACGAAUCAGGCAGACCAGACAGAAGCGUACCAGCCGUGCAACAAAUCUCUCGUCUGGAUGAUCUCCGGAGUCAAAUCGCAAAGCCCAACAAGGGACAAGAAAAAAAGGGUAAAAAUAAUAAAGUUAAUGAUCACAGUGAUGAUGACAAAAAGGCAGACAAUAAACAAGAAGUUAAAAUCGAUGAUAAGAAGGAAGACAAAAAUGAAGCAAAAGAAGUUAUCAGAGAAGAUAAACUGACGAAUAAACAAGAAAAGCAAGAUGACAAACAAGGAGAAAAAAAUGAGGACAAAAGUAAUAAAAAAGAUGAUGAAAGCAAAGACAAAUCAGAGAAAAGCGAUGACAAAAAAGAAGAACAUGCAGAAGACACAGAAGAAAAAAACAAUAAGCAAAAGGACAAAGACAGCAGCCCUGAUGAACAGAAGAAAGACGAGAAAAAGAAAGACAAUAAACAAUCCGCUGGCAUACCCAAGAAAGACAAGGCCAAACCGAGCCUUAAAAAGCAACAGGAUAAAGCAGCGACCACUCCAGUUAAAAAGCCCGCACCAGUGGCAAGGCCCCCCCUGCCCCCUCGUCCCGCCUAUCCACAACCACGAUACCAACCUUAUCAGCAGUCUUACAACGCGUUUCAGUCCCCUAUGUCUCCUAUGUCUGCCAUGGGCGGAGCAUGUUUAGCGCAAUGUUGGAAGAAAUGCACACCUAUCUGUAUUCAACACAGGUGUUGCUUACCUGGGAUGAACAAUUAUCCAAUGCCUGUUCCUCCACCCCCCGCUAUUUAUCGUCCUCCCCCACCCCCACCUCCCCCACCCAUGAUGAUGUAUCCUCCACCUCCCCCUAUGCCUUCAGUCUACUCUCAAAUGACCUGCCAGCCCUCUUGCGCUCCAGCUUGCUGCAUGCCACCAAUACCAGCUCCUCCUCCACCGCCGCCGCCGCCGCCGCCACCCCCUCCUCCACCUCCACCACCACCUCCUCCGCCAAGACCCGUCUUACCCCGUCCCAAUCCAUCAUGUAAUCCAGCAUGCGCUCCUCAAUGCUGCAUGCCGGUAUCAUACCCAGCACCCUACCCUGCACCGAUGCCUUACCCCGCUCCUUCGCCCCCUGUAAUCGCAAUGGGAUCCCCGGUUCAAAGCGGAUGUUCAUAUCCUAGUUAUCCUGGAUAUCCCUGUGUAAGCAGUCCUGGAACGGUAGCACCCGUAGUGACCCCGAAACCUGCCACUCCAAAGAAACUAUGUAAGCCGAUCUGUCUCAAGUUCUGUCUGACAGUCUGCCCUCAGGAUUGCUGCAGUGCUAAGGUGACAGGUGUGCAAGUUGUUAAACCGUCAACUUCUGUUACUGCAGUAGCCACACCAUCCACUUCUUCAUGCCCAGCAAGUUGUGCUCAAAUAUGUGCAACUCCGUGUCCUCAGAGCUGUUGCUUACCCACAAGCAAACCCGCUAGCACAGCAGCACCAGGCUCCACUAAGCCAGCUUCUUCAGCAGUAACAGCCCGGCCAACAGCUACCCCAACGUCAAAGAAACCAAAGCCUGUUUCGUGCGUGGCGCCGGCCUGCUCUCCUCAGACGUGCCUGCCAUCGUGUCCCAAACCAUGCUGUACUAAGAAACGCUUUCAUGAUAUGGAACUAGUUGCGGGAUGCCCUCGUGUUUGCUUUUCGAGUUGUGAACAAGUAUGUCCCAGGCGCUGCUGUGGUCCUCACCCACCAAUUAAAGCUACCAUCAACCACAGACCUAAAAUCAAUGACAUCCCCCAGUCCCCAAGAUGCCCGAAGAUAUGUGCUGAUGUAUGCGCUCUAGAGUGUCCCCACAGGUGCUGUGGCCCUGGCUCCAUGAAGAGGGCGUUUAUUUCAAGACCGUUCCCUCGUUUGGCUUACAUGAAAAAUCAGUAUGCAUUUAAUCAGAAAAGACACCAAGUACCGGUGUCGCGAUUCAAUAAUCCACGACGAUUUGGACUGAAGAAGAAACGAAACACCAUUCACUAACAGACAUUGAGUGCUGGCUUGUCUAUAAUAGGCCUCGAUGGUUAUGCUCGACGAUGGCUUUGGCUGAGAGAA